UAUAUCAUUUCUACCUAACUCUGCCAUCACAACUAGCACAAAUUCACAGAAAUGUAGAACGCAAACAAAAUUUCGAAUAGCAUUUCGAGAUCAAAGAGAAUCUAACUCCGUAGCCAUGCUAACAUUCGGCAUCACUUUCCUGUAUCUUCUUUCAAUCGGUGUCAGUUCUUACAGACUCAGAGAUCCCAAUGUAGCUGCCAUCCAAUCUAAAGGUAACAAAAUUUCGGGAAACAUGGAAAAACGAGGAUCUUCGGAACAGGGAUAUUCCAACGAAUCCCGGUCAGAAACGGGUAAGAUCAAUCACCAAAAUUGGCAUAAAUCGAAAAGGCAAGUUGACACACUUGGCGGUUCUUUGAUUCCAUCCGGUCGAAGAUCAAAAAGACAGGUCGAAACCCUCGGGGGUUCAUUGAUUCCAUCCGGGGCCAAACGGAUUUGGUGCGAUAACAACGGAUGCUAUUUCAAUUACGAGGACUUACGCAAUGAUGGAAUUAGGAUGGAAGAAAAGGAGCCAGUAAAUAAGUUGCCUGCUUUAACAAGAAUUUUGGACAACGAUAAAGUUAGGAAGUACAUGUUUUUCCCUUCUAAAAAAAGAAACAUGGAUAGGAUAGAACAGCCUUCCAGAAUGGAAUUUCAUCCUUUGAUCUCUAGAACUCCGAUCAGAAAAUUGGAAGAGGAUUACGAGGAAACUCAAAUAAAAUAAUUCAGUAAUACAUGCCUCAUCAUAAGAUCAUAUUUUUUAUAAAUCCAUAAAAAAAAUAAUAAAACGAUGGAAUUUUCCAUAUUAAAUUAUUAUACAUUUCUCUUUUUUUUUGCUGGGCUUUGACGAAUGGCAAAACUUGAGAUUUUUUUUUUGUACAAUGGCAUAAUCAUUUUUUAACAAAAAAAUUCUAAUUUAUAUAACAAACCGUGUGUUCUUUAAAUCACAUUUUAUUUAUUUUUCUUCUUCUGUUCCUACUUCUGCUACUUGUAAUAUAUGGAUUAUAAAAUCUUAAAGUUAAAAUGAGAUUUUUUAUAUAUAUAUAAUAUAAAUUUAAGUAUACUUUUGAUUUUUUUAUUGAAAAACUAAACCUACGUACUAGAUUUGGCACUAUUAUACACUUUUAUUUUAUAUUUUUAUUCCCCACCCCUCACCUUUCUUUAGCUUUUAAUAGACGUUUUUACAUUCCACGCUAAUGUGCCACCAUAUUCACACCCUCUCCUCUCCACCUCCCGAUUCCCGCGUUAAUAUAACGAUAUAGUAAAGUGAAAUAUCUCAUAAUAUUUUGUUCAUUUCGUUAGUUACAAGCAUUCCAAUAUAAGGCUUUAAACAUAAUCAUUCCAGGAAUAGCUGUUUCUAAUAAAUGUUUAAAAAAUUUAUUUAUAUUUAUUUAUUUAUUUAAAUAGUGCAAUAAAAUAUUUUACCAAAGAAAAAUUAAUAUAAUAAUAAACAUCACAUUUAUAUAGCUAAAAAUCUUUUAUAUAUAAAGUGUUAAUUUAUCUUUUUUCAUCAAUAUAGAAUCAAAUAAAUUCUUGUUUCACAUUAUUUUUAAUAUGUAGUAAUGUACGCAUCAUUAUGUUGUUACUUAAUAAAAACUCAAUAUUUGAUGAUUGUUACCAAGAAAAAUAUUAUUGUAUGUGUAUUCUUAUAAUAUUAACUAUUUUUUUAUAAUUCUUUAAGGCCAAACCUUAAUAUGCUCGUAUUUGUCAUCAUCAUCAUAGUAUAAUAUAUAUACAUACAUUAAACAAGUUUUUUUUUAUAAAGUAUUUUGUAA